CCAAGAUUAAGAUUUUUGUUUCUAAUUUUUACCACAGGUGCUACGCCCCCCCAGCAUUUCGUCUAUCACAUGUUAGGCACGCGUUUUCCUCGGAAAUAGUACCGAAGGAAAAAUAGCCAGAGCAAGGAAGCGUUUAUGUAGAGCAGCGCCUCUGUGCAAUUUAUUUUUUUCGGCAUGUGCAACUGCAAACCCGCACCACGAACAAACAUGAGCUUGACUUUCUACUCCCAGAUGCGCAGCCGAAGCUGGUUUCGGCGCUCCUCGAUUCGUUGCGCGACGACCAUUUUUUUUCUGUCCGUGGUUGCUGAGCAGCCGUUCUUUUCGCUGGGAUCGCGAGUUACUCCCCAGCGCCAUGAGCAGGAGGUAGUUGAUGUUGUAGUCGAUGAGGAUGGUGAGGAGCGACCAUCACCCCGUGCUGCAGCCGAGAAUAACGCGUUAUCUUCCGCUGCCGCAGCUAACAUCAAAGUAGAGCUGGUCGUGUUUGCGGACCGCAGCUUUCAAAAUCGCUACCAGGACCAGCUGAACAGUUUGCGUUGCUUUGCGAACCAGCAAGCCGGAUUAUACCAGUUUCGGAACUUCACGCUCACCAAGGACGCGGAGGACUGGGGUCGCAACGCGUCGCCGCAAACCAAGGCGGCCUGUCUCGGUGAGGGCCGUGACGCGUUCUUCAUUCGCCACUGCCUGCUGGUCGCGUAUCUGGAGUCGAAAGCUGGUGGAGCUGCGGGUGCGGAUGGUGCUACCGCAGAACGUCGCGAGGAAGACGAGAUCCCGGACGAAACGGUCUACGUCGCCCUGGACGCAGACAUCGCUGCGCGGUCGUUUGAGCUCAGCGCGGACCCCUGGGUGGCGCUGCUGGCUGGCGCGGGGACGCUUGCCGGGCUCCCGCCGUCGAGGGUUGCAACCCACUCCAGCGACAAGCCAGGUGAAGAUAAAACCGCGGCGAGCAGCGGCACGGAGACCGCAGAUGAAGUUUUGCCGGCAGUAGCUCUGGACGCGGUGGCGGCGGCUGCCGACGUGAUGUUCUUCGAGCGCACCUGGGGUUUGGAAAACCACAACGAAUUGAUGGCAGGCACGUACAUGCUGCGCAACAACCCGCGGUCCCGGCAAUUUCUCCGGCAGUGGGCGGCGUGGGAGUUCCACCGGCCUGAAAACGGGGCUGCCUUCAGCUCCGCUGACAACGGCGCCAUUCACGUCGCGGUUCCCGAGGCGCUCGGGAUUCCGGCUUCGCGUUGCGAGACCGCCUUUAACAACCUGCACGCCAGGGUGGACAACCUGUCGCCGUACGCGAAGGUGAUCGGCUGUGUUCGCGAGCACCUAGGCAUGGGAUCCGCCGCCGCGCCCAAGUCCGACGCGGUCGGGGAGCAGUUCGAACGGAACGAAGGCAUCCUGCUCGCUGCGGGCGACACGGCGGAUCAGCCACUCGAUCGCGCAUUAGAAAAAGCGAACCUGUUGUCCGAGAAGAUCAGAAUUUCCGAGGAAAGUGGAAAAACAAAGAGCUCGACUGAGGAGGGGAAGACGUUUUUGCCGUCCGCGGAAGGGGCAGCUACCGAGACGCUGCUGCAUCCGGACCGGUUCAUUCCGCAUCUGAAAAUCCGCGUGCUGGGCUACGACCAGGCCUGGGCCCUCGACUGGUGGGCGUCCAACAGCAAAAACCCGUUCGGCCACGGCCUGAAGAACAUGACGGAAGGCCGCAGACUGAACUGGUUCUCCAAACCGAUGCUUUCCUGCAUAGAAAGCGGCGCGACAGAAUUCCCGCACCGCGACCACGCGCCCGUCGCAAAAGCUCUGGCGUCUGAACAGCCGGCCGACGAAAGCGAAAAGGGUAGAGACGAGGUGCUUUCUCGCUCUGCGCAGGCGCCAGAGGAGCACGAAUUCGGUACCGCCGCAGGUGCUGAUAUGAACUCCGGGGUUGGCACCACGAAAGUAGUGCCGAUUCUGUCUACGGAUCGAGCACCAAAUCGUAUGGGGGAACAGCAGCUUUCCCAUUCCGCGGGUAGUACACCAACGCAUGCUUCAGGAGAAGAUCAAGGGGCCAACCUCGUGUCAGCGGCGUACAACCCACCUGGCCCUUCGCUUCUGAUUUGGGCGUGGUUCUACCGGCUAACGAUCUUGUGUCUUGUUGUGGCCUCCGCCUGUGUGGUGCUCCUGUUGUGGCUGUUUUACUCGAAGGAGAGGGUCAGUUGGAUUUUAGACAGCAAGCUUGCCCGCACGUUGUCCCACUUCAAGGCAAAGUCCCAAUCCAAGUCCAAGUCGCUCGUUCUCGGCCCUGGCGCCAGUAGUCCAGUGGACUUCAUCGAAGAUGACUCCUCGCCCUCGGCCGUCGACCGCUUGCUAGCACAGUCUCCCUCGCCUCCUGGUCGGGAGCCUCUUGGUCGCCGCAGUUGCAGCCCCCCGCGAAGUCCGCUGCAACCCUACACGAACCCUCUCUAAGACCCGCGCUGGUGAGAUGAACAGACGGUGCCGGUAGCAUGACUAACACUAUGUACUUCAGGAGUAUUUCACCGACACCGACGAAAUUAUAAUCAGAAAGCACCAUGAUCUUGAGAUUCUAAUCCGAUCAGAGCAGAGGGAUUACGGCGGUACAACUUUACUACAUCACCUUCGCAUGCUGUCCAUCUUUUUAAAGCUGUUUGUUUCGAAUUUGAGUAUUCGAUUUCUUCUGUACAUUCAUUCUGAUUCACGACCGUAUCUAUUUGUGCACUUGACGAUCUAUCAAUCUAUCGGGGUCGUGGGUGUGCCACCCACGUAGCUAGCCAGGAGUGGCCCCAAGACUACGUCCCAUCGUCCCCUUUUCGAUCGAUACUUACGAGAUGAAAAUGAAUCGGACGUGAUUAUAUGUAGUUUCUUUUGCCCUUGCUCAAAUCGUAAUCAUAUACAUAGUUUCUUCCACUUGUAUUUUGUUCGUCAAUGGGGACACCAUAUGGCAACUUCUCGAAACUUGGCAUGGUACUAGAAGUUUCUUCAGGAUGCAUUCGCAUGCCUCGUCUUUUUGCUUUUUGGGUGACAU